AUGGCCGACUCUCAGACACCACAACCUCCCUCUGGGUCAGAGCAUCUCACCCCAGCUCCUGUCACCGACAAUAUCAAACCAGACCCUGAUCUCGACGCAUCAAUCGAGCAAGACGUCGACAUGAAUACUGAGCCCCAGCCCGGCGCCAAUGCUGAUGAUUCUGCCGCACCCGGUAUCGAUCCGAUGGCGCCAGCACCGCAGCCCUCCAAGAAGGAAACGAGCCUGCGCGAGUUCCUGAGCAAGAUGGACGAUUAUGCUCCCAUCAUCCCUGACGCAGUAACAGCCCACUAUCUCACCCUAGCCGGUCUUCCCCCUCCAGGCACAGGACCAGGCCAAACCCCACCCCACCUAGCGCGCCUGCUCGCACUAGCAGCGCAAAAGUUUGUCUCGGACAUCGCGGCCGACAGCUACCAAUUCGCACGCAUUCGCGCCUCAAACAGCUCCUCCGCCAACAACCCCAUCGGCAGUCUUGCUGCUGCAUCAGGCCUGGGCGCCCCAGCCGGUGCAGGCGCACCCGCACCCGGCGGCGACAGCGGGAAGGGUGGCAAGGCUAAUACCCAUCUUGGUAUUCAACGGCCUGGCUUUGGUGGUGGUGGGUCUGGUGGUUCUGGGCAGGGCCGCACGGUGCUCACGAUGGAGGAUCUUGGUAUGGCGGUUUCCGAGUAUGGGGUCAGUGUCAAGCGGGGCGAGUUCUAUCGGUAG